GCGGGUUGGACCGGGUCCAGUCCAGUUGGGGGGGGGGGUGUAGAGGUUGUUUCAAGGGAGGAUUUUAAAAAAAAAAUUAAAAAAAAAGUUUCAUUUGUUUUAAACGGGGAUCGUUUGUUGCACGUGACAGCGCGUACUUCUUCUUCUUCUACGCUGCAAUUAAUUCUACCGGCUGGUCCCUCUGCGCGCUGCGGCCAUGGGUGCGCCCAUGCUGGACAGGCGCAUCGCUUAUCUGGGUGACUUCACCUGGAACAGCGUGUCAGGGCGUAGCGUUGGCUUGAAGCCAGUCCCCCUGCAGAGCCUCUCAGAACUGGAGCGGGUUCGCCUCCAGGAUGUGGCCUACAGCCGAUUGCUGCAGGACUUCGACCUGGGCUGCCAGAUUACCAUUCCCAAAGAUGGCCAAAAGCGCAAGAAGUCACUUAGGAGGAAGUUGGACUCAUUUUCCAAAGAGAAGAGCAAAGACAAAGAGACGGCGCCGCAGACGUUCGGCAUACCGUUGUCACAGGUCAUAUCCAACGGCCGCAGACACAAGCAGCGGCAGGACCCCGUGCAGGAGGAGCAGAGGGACCCCGGCGACUUGAUGCUGUCCUUCCUCCACCUCGCCUCCAACUCCAAGAGGGCCAACAAAGAGCUCUCCAGCAGCAACUCCUCCCUGAGCUCCACCUCCGAGACCACCAACGGGUCGCCUUUGCCCAACACACCGGAGGCUGCCCCGCGGACACGCAGGAGGGGCGGCGUGUCCGUGGAUUGCAUCACCGACCUGGACGAUAACGAGUCCCGGCUCCUGGAGGCCCUCCAGCUGUCUCUGCCAGCGGAGGCGCCCGGCAACAGGAACAAACACCGUGACAAAAAGCUGAGCCUCAAUCCCAUCUACAGACAGGUGCCAAGAGUGGUGGACAGCUGCUGCCAACACCUGGAAAAAUACGGUCUCCAAACGGUUGGGAUCUUCCGUGUCGGGAGCUCCAAGAAGCGAGUACGUCAGCUUCGUGAGGAGUUCGACCAGGGAAUGGAGGUCCAGCUGGAUGCGGAGCUCAGCGUUCACGAUGUGGCCGCAUUACUGAAAGAAUUCCUCAGGGAUAUGCCAGACCCGCUGCUAACCAGGGAGCUCUACACGGCCUUCGUUAACGCAAUGUUACUGGACUGUUCGGACCAAGACAGCGCCACCCAGCUACUGAUAUACCUUCUUCCUCCCUGUAACAGCGACACACUGCAGCGUCUUCUCCACUUCUUGUCCACAGUGGCUGCACACGCGGAAGACAGCGUCGACAGGGAGGGACAGGAGAUUACAGGAAACAAGAUGACGUCACUCAACUUAGCCACCAUCUUUGGUCCCAACCUCCUGCACAAGCUAAAGAACUCGGACAAAGAGUUUGCGGUGCAGAGUUUUGCCCGGGCGGAGGAGAGCACGGCCAUCAUCAGCGUGGUCCAAAAGAUGAUCACCGCACACGAUACCCUCUUUAUGGUGCCUGCUGACCUUCAGAACGAGGUUCUGAUGAGUCUGCUGGAGACCGAUCCUGACGUGGUGGAUUACUUACUGCGGAGGAAGGCUUCCCAGUACUCGGGCUCGGGCCCUCUAAGAACCGAGGAGUCCUUCUCCAUGAGCGAGAGACACUCGUCCAGCGACUCCAACAAGGCGUCCAGCGGCGAGGUGUCGCCCUACGACAACAACUCCCCGCUGCUGCCGGAGCGACUGCUGUGCACGUGCCAGGGGGGCGUCAGCCCGUUCUCCGACUGCCUCUUCACGUUCCCCAGGCAGCGCACAGCCAGCGGCCGUCCCAGACACGCGCCUGCCAGCACCGGUCCCACGCCGUCGGCUGGAAAGGGUUCCCAUGGGGACGUGUCGGAAUGUGAAUCCUACGACUCGUCAGAGGGGCUCGAUGGUCUCCGGGGCAACAGCAAGCUGCCGGUCAGAACAACGCGAGCCUCGCUGGGCGUGCCGGAGCCCCGGCCGCACCUCCCCGUGACCCGCUGCAGCAGCGGCCCCCAUGACCAGAGAGGACCGGGGCAGCCGGAGCCGCUGUCACAUCAGAGACUACGCGGCCAUUCAGAGGCCGCCAGCUCGGAGGACCUUGCGGUAAGGACAGGAAGCUCCCCCGUCCUCGCCCUGAAGGGCGGGACGGGCGGCAAGACGGUCGACCGGUGUCUGUUCAGAGAAACUCACAUUUCCCAUUCCAGCCCGUCCCUGUCCACGUACCAGAGCAACACGCCGGCGCCCGGGGCCGCCAGCUCUGUGGCUCAGCCCGGUGCCGAGGAGCCGAUGGUGACCGGCGCCUCUGAGUGGCAGAGGGAAAAAUGGCACAUGUGGCAGCUUCUGUCGACGGAUAAUGCGGACAGCUUACCGGAAACUCUGGUGUGACACGUCCCCCGAUUCCGGUCAACUGCACCUAAACUAGACCAAUGGGAGGGGUCCUCCUGUCGGUCUGCCUUUCACUGUAACGUUAUUUCCCAUCUGCUCUCAGUGAGCGCCCGUUUCCUGUCAAUGUGCCGCGUUUCACCGAGCGGGCGCUACUCCGACCGCCUUUCAGGUGACAGCGAGCGCAUCGUUGCUGUGUUGUCGUCACCACGACCAAGUCUGUUGUCAGUGUACACCCGAUGAACCAAAAAUAAGGAUGGAAAUUAUGAGGGUUUUUUUUUUCUUUUAUACCUUAAC